AAAGAAGCACUUGUUUACAAGAGAAGAUACAAAUAAAGAGAGAUAGAGAAUAACAACUAGGCUUAACAAGCACAUUCCUUAUGUUUCAUAGGAAACACUUUAGCUUUUCGUUAUUUUUUUUUAACUUUACUUACAUGUUCUCUCUAUUGUUGUUCGAUUCAGUACAACAACAACAGUUAAAAGGACACUCCUAGCUCCAAAAGACAACAUUCUGUAGUACUAACGUUGAUUAAAAUAGAUAAAACAUUACACUCACUUCCAGUGGAAGUAUGAUAUUUCAUGUCAUUGUAAUCAUCUUUUGACACUAAUUAACGACACAAAUCUCUUUUUCACCACAUACCCAUCUCAUAUUUUUUCAUCUUUGUUUACAAUUUAGGAGAUGAAAGAGUUAGGACGAUGUUUGAAUUUUCCCACCAAAAAAAGGAGCUUCUUAUACAUUUUCAUGUACUAUAUAAGUUGAUCUGUAAAUACCUUUUCCUCUUUAUGGUGUUUUCUCUUGCUUGACGAUUCUAGCUUCCUAGUUUCUCCUUUCUCAAGUUUUCUUAUAUUCUCUCAUUCAUGUCUUCGCGUCCCUUCUCUCUCCCAUCCCAAGAAAUCUUUGAUUCUAUGAUUCUCCCUUUUCUCUUCAUCUUUAUACCUGAGAGAUGGAACUUCUUCGCAACCAUUCUAUCUUCCCUCUCCCACAUCCCAAGACUACCUGACAAGUCUCUCUCUUUCAAAAGCUUCAACUAACAAGGAACGGAAAGAAAUGCCUCACCGUAUAGCUCCUCGUUGCUUCCAGAUCAUGCUUCUAUGCCUUCUUAUCACUUCACCCCUAGAUGUUAUUAUAGCUCAGGGAGGACAGGGUGAUAUACCAGUUGUUAAUCCUACAUCUCCAGGGGGUGAUACCACCACACCAACCAUAACCCAACCAUCACCGCCUUCCUCAACAUUCCCAGGUCCAGUCACGAACCCAAAUCCACCAACCGGUGGCUAUCCACCACUAGAUGGUACAACACCACCAACCGGUGGUGGCUAUCCACCACUUGAUGGUACCACCCCAACCGGUGGUUACCCACCACUUGAUGGUACUACACCCCCAGGUGGCGGUGGUGGUGGUGCACCUGGUGGAGGUGGUGACACUGGUGCAGGCGGAGGUGGUGGUGCACCUGGUGGAGGAGGCGGUGGUGACACUGGUGCAGGCGGUGGUGGUGCACCUGGUGGAGGCAGCGGUGGUGAUAAUGGUGGUGGUGGUGGAGGAGGUGGAGGUCAGUGGUGUAUAGCGAAAGCAACUGCUUCGCCAACAUCAUUACAAGUGGCUUUGGAUUACGCUUGUGGGUAUGGAGGAGCUGAUUGUGGCCAGAUCCAACAAGGUGCAAGCUGUUACGAGCCUAACACCAUUCGUGAUCAUGCAUCCUUUGCUUUCAAUAGUUAUUACCAGAAGCAUCCUGGUUCAGACAGCUGCAACUUUGGAGGGGCUGCACAACUCACCAGUGCAGAUCCAAGUAAAGGAAGCUGUCGCUUCCCAUCAUCAUCAGGAACUGUCAGCACAAGCCCGCCAAGUCAACCAAGUCCACCAGAUUUUAAUUCCCCACCUUCUACUCCUACAUACCCACCCCCAAUAACAACUCCAACUACAGAUAUACCUGGUUCUGGACCACCCUACGGCGUGGCAGAGCCAACGGGGCUUCCGAGUUUAGCAACUCAUGUGUCACAUAGCUUUCUCUCAGUAUUUACAGCGGUUGGAAUACUAGUGCCACUGCUCAGGCAAAAUUAUCUCUAAAAGGACAAAGGGUUUUCAGGAUUUCCAUCUUUCUCUGCAAAUUACAAGUCUCGUUUCCUACAAAUACACCAUCACGAUAGUAUGGAGUUGAAGGAAUCAGCCGUGAUCAGCAAGAAGAUUUUAAUCCAAGACCUUAUACACAUCAUCUGUUCUCUUGCUAUAGUUCAUAACGGGAAGUAUAUUUAUUUAGUAGGAGAUAUUACAAAAUGAAAGGGCUUAGGUUAUAUACAUUCUUGUAGACACGUUAAGCAUAAUGUAUCUCUUUUACAGUUUUAGAGAAUAAAAAAUACUUAGGGUC